CCAGAUAACAAGUCAUGUACUAAAGUAUAUUGCAAUGGAACUGAACAAGAAAACAGGAGGUUACAGGGUACAAAAUUUAAUCGUUCAAGUGUUUUCGACAUAUCUCCAGCUAAAUUUGGAGAUUUUCCGAGAUACCCAGAUUCUGAUUUUCUCAGUUCAUGUCAUUUGUGCAAUAAAAAACUCCAUGGCAAAGACAUAUACAUGUACAGGGGAGAGAAAGCAUUCUGUAGCACAGAGUGUCGGUACAGUCAGAUAGUAAUGGAUGAACACAAGGAGAAGUGUAGCUCAGAAAUUUCAAGAUCUGUUGAUAUUGCAACCUCACCUUAUGCUAAUGACCAAAUAUUUUCUACUGGAAUUCUGGCCAUCUAGACUAUAUAAAUCAAUAAUCAUACAGGAUACAUAUACAACUCGGAAAUACAUACGAGAAACAGCUCCUCUUACAGGAAGUACCUCUUCUUCUUUUUUUUUAUAAUUUUUUUUAUUGUCCAAUUUUACUUGGAUGUAGAAGACAAGGAUCGAUGCUUCCAAGGAUUUCUUUUUGCAAAUGACUUCCUGUUAUCCUUCCUUGAUCUUUCAUAAGUUUACGAGCUGUAAACCUACAUAUGAAGAAGAUUGGUGUUCAAGCAUAAAAUGAAAUAUAAUAAUUUCCUAUACCUACAUCAAAAGAAAAAAAAAAACAUUAAAGAAGUUUGAUCUAUAUUAUAAACUUAUGAUCUGUUUAAUGGUUUGAAUGCGUGAACAUGCUCCAAAAAAUUAUAUAAGUUGUUGAUCAAAACAACCGAUGAGAUUCUGGUGUAAUUUGCUUGUUCUGGGUAAUGAAAAUUUUCUUCAUAGAGAUGCUGCAACUGAUAUGAUCCUCGAUAGUUCGGGCAAAACGGAGAAUAUUGAGAAGGACUCCAAAUUAUCUAGUGGAUCGUUGACCCGCUCCAAGUCCAUGAACGUCCAAGGGAUACGGGCUAGGAGCUGCAUGAUCUUCAACAAGGAGCUAGAAG